AUGUACCGCACGGCACUUUUUGUCAAUGUGGCUUGCGUGCUCCGGCUGUGCCAGGCUUCACUGAGCCGAUUGCACACUUACACUUUUGAGCCGUACCCUGCCAAUCAGGCCCAGGCAUCCUUCGAGUCGACGUCGGCACCCGUGGUGCUGAACCCACGGGGUGGCCCCAUAGUGUCAGAGUGUGAUACUCCUCUGGACUUCAACGGUGCGAAUGCCUCCCGUGUCGCGCUUGUGAACACCGAUCGGGGGCAUGGCUGUUGGACCACGCGUGAUGAGAGAUACUUCCACGGGGACUACCCAGUUACUCUGGGAGUCGUUCGAACCGGCGGCGAGAGCUUCGAUGCCUUUGAGAUCCAGCCACCGCAAGCCUUGGCCUCGGAGUUUGCCGCAAGCCACCAGGAGAUGUAUGUGCUGCUGCCAGGCGAAGAAGCUGGCGACACGGAAGGCUUCGUCCCAACAGGCAAGAAGGUGCAGGGUCUCACUGCAGCGGAGGUCUGGGUCGUGCUGCCAGCAGAGAGGUUGCCACCGGCACCAACUUGGAGGGUGAUGUCCGGGAACGACCUCACCGAGUGCGAUGUCGGAUCCGGAGGGGAUCUACCAGAGGCCGACACGUUCGGUGACAUUGCCCUCGUUACCAUGACCGGGCAAAGUGACACGUGCUGGAACUGGGACGACUACACGAACCGCGACUACGCGCUGGAGCGCGGUCGAGUCACCGGCUCCGAUGGCCUCGUUUACGACGCUUUCCGUGUCUCGCCGCCCAACCAGACCGCGAAAGGUUUCGUCGCAAGUCGCAUCAACCUCUACAUCAGGCAGAACGUCACCCAGAGCACCACCGUUUGGGCUCUUCAAGCAAGUGGGUUCCACCCGUUGGUCACUGUGGACGUUCAGGCCGGCAACUUCAGCCAGACCUCCAUUACGGUGGACGACCUGGGGACGCGGCUUGACGACUUGAGAGGCCCCUUGGUCCUCAUCCUCCAGCCCAGCAGCGCCCACUUGAGCAUUUGGCCAACGGAGUCCGUGGGAGUGGAGGCCGCGUGGCUCGACGGGGCCGUCGAUGGCGGCUUCAGCUUUACCGGCCGCAGGUUCGCGGUUCCGGGGCAGCCGUUCCUGCCUCAGAGGCACUGGGCCCAUGGCCUUGAUUCCUCUAAGACGGUCUACGGGGACUACAAGCACUUCACGCCCGUCCGAGAUGCAGAUGGACGUGAGGGCAUCGUCUGGCAGGACAUGGACAGCGGUACCGUCAAGUUGACCUGGCUCUCGGUGGAUUUGCUGACGUCGCAGACCGUUUCGCUGACUGUGCUGUCAGCAACUGGGCUUCUUGUCGGCGCAGUUGGUGAUGGCCGUGGAACCGUAGUCAUCUUGUUGGGCGACAGCAGCCAACCCAGCGAUAUGACUGCGAACACGCCGGGAGAGCUUGUGAAAUUCGAUGCGGCCGGCAACGAGCUGCAGAGAGUAGCCCUUCCCGAGCUCAACCUCUGGUCCUUCUUCGACUCCGGAUCUUCCAUGGCCUGGCUUGCCGCUUCGGACACCAUCUCCCUAACGCUCGCGAUGAAGUGGGUCGACUUUGGAGCCACCAACGUCAUCUUCAACGCGACGACGUUGCGGAAACUCCGGACAGUCAGUGCAGGUAGCCACUCCUGGGCCAACUCCCUGAAACUCUCGGAGAAGGACGGCUCUAAAGACGACUACUACCUGGGCAUGAUCCUGGGCGACGCCUUUCCGCGGGGGAUCAUGAUCUCGGAGUAUCGGGCCAGCUCAGACGAUAAGCGAGGCCGGGUGAUCUACUACCCCAAGACUGUGCACAGAACGACUGCCACAAAUCCCAAAGGCCAGGUUUUGCCGGUCUAUCAAGAGAUCUCCACAGCAACGGAGACCUACUACCAGUGGAGCAAGAACCUUAGGGGAAAUCUGGGCUUCGUGAGGAUACCACGGGAUUUGACCAGUCGUGAAGUGCUCUCGCCCGGAGACGUCGAGAACGGCGGCUUUUUCGAUGAAGAUGGUCAGUGGCAGAACCUGACGAACCGUGGAGUUAGUUUUCUCACCGCCAGGACCGAUAUGGACGAGUCCUUGAGUCGUGUGAAGACCGCAGAGCUCAACGGAUCAAUUCUUCUCUUUUGGGAGGUGUGGUCCGGCGAGCUUUACAAAAGGAAUGAGUUCAUGGUUGUCAAUUCAGCAGGCGAGCUGGAACAUGCCGAGACCGCGCUGCAGUUCCCAGUCCAGUUGCCCUUUGCCGACGACAUUGUCGUUAUCAACGGCAAAGCCGUUGCUUACACAGGAGAUCCUGGCAACUGGUUGGUCCGCUAUGAGUUUUGCUACCAGAACUGUGACCCGCCAAGGUCACCCAACGAUGCCAGCUCAACCACGUCAACUGCCCGCACUACACCGUCAACGGGGAGUGGCAGCAGUACCACCUCGGUUGACAGCAGUACCACGUCGAUAGACGGCAGUACCACGUCCAUGAACUCACCGGUCAGCAGUACUACGUCCACGGGCGAUACCAGGGAGGCCUCCGCGGCCUUGCCCGGUUGCAAGAAUUUGGUGGCACUAGCUGCACUCGCAGCUUUUUCCAGCCAUGUGAGCUUUACCUGA